GCAGUUCCGCGCUGCGCCCGAAUCUGACAGUUGUUUUCCCGUACCAUAAGCAUGAAUUUACCUGUCCGGACCUCCUAAUCCACUUCAACAGCCCAUGAUGCGGAUACGAAAACCAUUUGCUGGUGCCUUUGUCGGCCUCAUCUUCAUCAGCGCAGCCGCGGGCUUUUCCCCACCAGACUACAAAAUCCCCACGUACAAGCAGUCGGAUAAGGCGCUCCACUUCACAGCCUUCUUCUUGCUUACCCUAUGCUUCUACUGGAUUCUCGAGACAAACAGGCGAAAGGUGGUGCAGCUAACCUUUACCGUCUGUACGCUCGGUCUGGGAUUUGCCAGUGAGGUCAUCCAGGGAUUGUUGCCUAUACAUCGCGACUUCGACUACUACGACAUCGUAGCCAAUGUCCUCGGCUCUCUCCUCGCACUAGGCCUUUGCAAUUGGUACCAUAAGCGCAUGCUCGAGCGCAAACGAGCUGCACGAGGAUACACUGCAGUUGCUGGGGACGAGGAGAGAGACAUUGAGUUGGGAGAGAAUGUCGAAGGACAAGAGUCGGGCGUUGUCAGACCCACGGUAGACGAAGAACUCGACCGAUGGGACGAGAACGCUGAAGAUUGGGAGACGACGGAGCCUGAAGCCACCAAUGGGAGGAAGAGCCUAGACGACGACGGAAAGAAACGGAGUGACUGAGACCGAAACUGAUAUGAUACACGGGGAUCCUACCGUCGCUGGUGGGGUGGGAGGAUAGAUGCUCUUGAUAUUGCAGCAAUUGAUAUUCCUCCUGUAUGCCACGUAUGUUGCAUCCUUGACGUCACUUUGUUUCGCGCCAUGUACCAGACAAGAGUACCUUUCUCUAUAACCGCGAAAAGCUUUGGAGCCCCGAUUAAAAGAUCUGCUGCCAAGUGCAAGUGUCCACUCCUGCCGAGCGAACGCAUGUAUAUCACCAUAGUAAAUGAAAAGAUGAUGCAAGUCGACUU